AAUACUUAUUUCUGGAGUUAUCGAGGCUGAAUAAAAAAAUUGCACCAUCUCUAGCUCGCGAUUUUCGGGAGUAGCACAUAUGUAAUAACGUUUUCACCGGUCCCCCGUUGUGUUCAUAUAGUGUGUACAAUUGCGGUGUUAUAAUACCCAUCGAGCUUAUGGGGAAAAACCUAUUUCAAAAAAAGUGUUGAAAAAGAGAAAGGAAAUAGCUCAUGAAGCGAGCCAAUGCUACUCGCGAGCCUGCUACUACCGAGUUGUCCACGAGUCCUAAAGCUCCCGAGUAAACUUGGCAUAAGGUGGAAGUCGCUGUACGCUUUGAAAAAAAUGAAGCAAAAGCAAGAAAAACCAGAUAAGUUCACUGUGAAGGAGCUGAAUCCACCACCAUCGUACAUUCAGGAAAGGAUAGAAUUGUUCGACAAGCUCAAAGCCAAGUACUUGGCUGAACUUGAAGCUAAGGAAUCCAAAGAGAUAACUGUAACACUUCCAGAUGGCAAAGAAAUACCGGCAGAGUCUUGGCGUACUACCCCUUACAAAGUUGCGUGUGGUAUUAGCCAAGGGUUGGCUGACAAUACAAUCAUAGCAAAAGUCAAUGGCGAACUGUGGGAUUUGGAUAGGCCAUUGGAAUCCGAUUGCAAACUGCAACUACUCAAAUUCGAUGAUAAAGAAGCUCAGGCAGUUUUCUGGCACUCUAGUGCUCAUGUUCUUGGCGAAGCCAUGGAAAGAGUCUAUGGUGGUUGCUUGUGCUAUGGUCCACCCAUAGAAGAAGGUUUUUACUAUGAUAUGUUCAUAGAAGAGAACGAGGGUAUCUCGAGUGACAAUUUUCCGUACCUAGAAUCUCUGUAUAAAAACAUUGUCAAAGAAAAACAAAACUUUGAAAGGCUGGAAAUGAAGAAGGAAGAUCUCUUGGAGAUGUUCAAGUACAAUGAGUUCAAAGUCAGAAUUUUGAAUGAGAAAGUUACAACUCCAACCACGACUGUGUACAGGUGUGGCCCACUGAUCGAUCUGUGCCGGGGACCGCACGUGCGCCACACUGGGAAGAUCAAGGCAGCAAAGAUAACAAAGAACUCGUCAGCUUACUGGGAGGGUAAAGCGGAUGCGGAGAGAUUGCAGCGGCUCUACGGCAUUAGUUUUCCGGAUCAGAAACAGCUGAAGGAGUGGGAAAAGUUACAGGAGGAGGCGGCGAAACGAGAUCAUCGGAAAAUCGGCCGCGAACAGGAGCUUUUCUUUUUCCAUGAGCACUCGCCUGGCUCGUGUUUCUUUCAGCCCAAUGGGGCAUACAUUUACAACACUUUGGUACAAUUUAUACGCGACGAGUACAGAAAGAGGGGAUUCCAGGAGGUCAUCACGCCAAACAUAUACAACAACAAGCUGUGGAAAGCUUCGGGCCAUUGGGACCAUUAUUCCGAUAACAUGUUCUCGUUUGACGUGGAAAAAGAAACUUUCGCCCUGAAACCAAUGAACUGCCCUGGUCAUUGCAUGGUUUUCGAUGUGCGAAUUAGGUCGUGGCGCGAAUUGCCGUUGCGUAUGGCAGAUUUCGGAGUGCUUCACCGUAAUGAGUUGUCAGGCGCUUUGACUGGUCUCACGAGGGUACGCCGCUUCCAGCAGGAUGACGCGCAUAUUUUCUGCACGCACGAACAAAUCAAGGACGAAAUACUGGGGGCCCUUGAGUUCCUUGACCACGUCUACUCCGUUUUCGGCUUUACGUUCAACCUGUGCUUGUCCACGCGGCCUGAGAAAUACUUGGGCGAGCUCGAAGUCUGGAAUGACGCCGAGAAGGCACUCUCUGAUAGUCUUGAUGCUUUUGGCAAGCCCUGGACCCUCAACCCCGGUGACGGUGCCUUUUAUGGACCCAAGAUCGAUAUUACCAUUAUGGACGCGUUGAAGAGGUCACAUCAGUGCGCAACCAUCCAACUAGACUUCCAAUUACCCAUACGUUUCGAUUUGAACUACGUCAACGAGGCUAACGAGAAAAUACGCCCUGUAAUAAUUCACCGUGCAAUCUUAGGUUCCGUCGAACGCAUGAUUGCCAUUCUUACCGAAUCUUACGCCGGCAAGUGGCCGUUCUGGUUGUCGCCUCGUCAAGCCAUGGUUAUACCCGUGGGCCCGUCAAUUGAUGAGUACGCCGUACAAGUGAAAGAUAAGUUGUACGAAGCAGGUUUCAGAAGCGAAGUAAACACCGAUCACGGUGAGACUUUGAACAAGAAAAUCCGAAACUCCCAGCUCGAGCAAUUCAACUUUAUUCUUGUGGUUGGAGAGAAGGAAAAGGCUGGUGGCACUGUAAAUGUCAGAACAAGAGAUAACAAGGUGCACGGCGAAGUCGAAGUAGAUGCUCUGAUCAAGAGAUUCGAUGAUUUGAAAAACAAGAAAACACGUGAAUCCGAGGACGGCAGUAAUACUUCGGAUAAAUAAUUUUAAGCUUUCUUGGGCA